GACGUUGCGGUCUCUCUGGCGCAGACCAGGCCGGAGGCUGGGGCUGGAUCCUGGCGGCCAUGUUCUCCCUGCUGUCCCUCCCCUCCUGGCUCCCCAGCCUCCCCUCCCUUGAGUGGGGCUCCGGCCUCCUCGACGCCCUCCUGCAAGGCCUCGUCGGGGCCUGCGGAGUCUCCGUCCUGAACAACCUGCUGAAGGUCUACUUCUUCGUGGGCUGUACCAAUGACCCGGAGCGGUGGCUUGAAAAGGAGCGGCUGCGGGCCCAGUGGGCCUCGCUGGAGACCGUGCACCUGGCAGGGCUGGCCCUGAUCCUGACCGUCGUGGGGGUCCGGGUGGCCGCCCUCGUGGUGCUCGAGUUCUCCCUCCGGGCUGUCUCCAUGCUGCUUUCCCUGGACAAGGGCGCCCGGGGCACCGAGAGGCUGCAGCUGUACCUACUGUGCCAGUACUCGCUGGGCUGUGGGCUGACCUGCAGCCUGAGCUUCCUGCAGGAGGGCGCCCAGCACCGCACGCUGAACCUGCUGCUGGGCCUGGGGCUGGCCACGCUGCUCAGCUCGGGCACCCGGCGCCUCCGCCGCCACGUCUGCCAGCUCUACGAGCUGCACAGCAGCCAGCGCUACUGUGGGGUCUGCCUGGGCCUGCUGGCUGGCGCUCGCAGCCUCCCCCGGCUGCUGGGCCGCGCCCUGGCCGUGACCUUUGCAGUGGGCAACCUGGCAGCCGUGGCCCUCCUCAACCGGGACUUCCUGACCACCUCGGAGGCUGUGCGCUUCUGGAUGCCGCUCACCAUCUGCUACACCCUGCUGGUCAUCUACAUGCAGGAGGAGCAGCAGCGGCAUCCCGGCCUGCAGAGCCAGGUCCAGACGGUGCUGGUACGCAUGUGCGGCCUCUUGCUGCUGCUGCUGACCGUGGGCCGCUGGCUGGACCUCCUGGGCAUCCUCAUCUCCCUGCUGGGCGAGCUCUGGUGCCUGCUGGGCACCCGCACCCUGUUUGAUCUUUGCCAGAUACAGGAUUUUCCACCCCAGAGGCCUUCCGUGUCAGCUCCAAGCCAGCCCCAGCCCUCAGCACCUGCCCAGCCGCAGGGGACGGCCCCCUCCUGACUUACCUCAGCAGGGACUUGGAGUUUCUCAGAGCCGCCCGGGCUCACCUGGAGGCCUCGACCCCAGGAUGCUGCCUGGCGGCAGAAUGGCAGGGCUGCCCCCCACCUGGAGCACUGGGGACCCCCCGGGAGGGAGGGGAGGAUUUGGGGCUGGGCCCCUCAGAGGGUGGGGACACAUGGAGGCUGCUGGGUUAACCCUCUUUUUCUCAGGGUGGGCAAUGGAUACAGCCCCUCAGCCCUGCCUUCCCGGAGCGUUGGGGGGUGGGGAGAGAUUGUAUCCUCAGAAUGGCUUCUCCCUUUACCAACCUCCCUUGCCCUUUCCACAAACAAUAAAGGUGAUUCUCUCAGA